AUGCGGCAGCAGCGGGUCGGGGCCGGGAGGAGGGGGGACGACCCGGGGCUCCUCACUAGGGCCGUCGACAGGGUGUUCCGCUUCGUCCGCCUCGCCGAGUUCGAGAUCUUCUUCGUCCUCUUCUUCCUCAUCGCCUUCUUCCUCUUCAAGGACCUUGUAAGCACCCACACCAACCUCGCGUUUCUCUCCCCUGAGCGUUUCGGCUUCGCGGGGAUUGGGAUAGGAUCGAGUACGCAUGGCGCGUUUGUUCAGUUUUGUAACAUGUGGCCUUGA